CGUGCCGUCGGGCCCCAGCCACUUCCGGUGACGCACAUCCUCCAACAUGGCAGCUCGGCCUGAGGGAGCUGAGUUCACAGUGAUCCCGCUCCAGGUCUCCUCCCGCGGCUCCAGCUGCCGCCAGCUCUUUGUCAAACAGCACCGGGUCCGGGAGGCCGAGCCGCGGCGGCCGCAGGAUCGCACAGUGUUCGUGCUCAACCUGCCCCCGUACAUCAGCCAGGAGUGUGUGCACAGGUUGUUUUCACAGUGUGGCCCUGUCACCACAGUGGAACUACAGGAGAAGCCAGGCCCAAGCUCCAAAUCCAAGACCCAGGAAUCACCAUUCUUCUCAGGGCCACCUGCACAGGGUUUCCAAGUGGCCUACGUGGUGUUUAAGAGCUCAGCUGCAGCGAAACGUGCCGUGUCCCUGAAAACCCAGGAGCCCUGGGUCCUGAACACAACUCAGCACCCGCUCAGGACGGGCCUUCAGAGAUGGGCAGAGGAUUAUUGCUCCCGGAUCACUGACCCCCAGGAACUCCAGGAUGACAUUGAUCAGUUCAUGGAGCAGUAUGACCAAGAGCAGGCCAAGUUGGAGGCGAUGGCAGAGGUGGAGGAGGGCGUGCCCGAUGAGGACGGCUGGGUGAAGGUGACCCGGAGAGGCCGGCGUCCUGGGAUCCCCCGGACUGAGGCGGGAAACCUGCGGCUGAUCCAACGGGAGAAACAGAAACGGGCUCAGAAAGAGCUGCUCAACUUCUACAGCUGGCAGCACCGAGAGAGCCAACGGGAACAUAUCGCUCAGCUUCGGAGGAGAUUUGAGGAGGAUAAACAGAAGAUUGCUCUAAUGAGAGCCCAGCGCAAAUUCAAACCCUAUUGAAGGUCCCGCAUCCUAUCCGAGCCUGCCAUAGUUGGGGUGGGA